GUUGCGUUCGGGGCUGCACCCAGAGCCACGCUCCGAGAGAGUAAAUAGUUAGAGGACUUCGAGGUCAGCGGACCGUCGGUUGUACGACUUCGAGCUCUUAUUCGGGCCUCGGGAAGAGAGAUCUUGGUGUACUUCGCUUUUGCUUCGAACUCCUGCAGACACUAGUUGCUGGCAACGAGUGGCCACUGAGUUCCUAACGGGCCCCUGGGGGAGGGGACAGGAGUCCUGGAUCCCUACCGCGCCGGCGAUUAGAAAUAGCGCCCAUAGCGGUCGCUCUACUGUCCUAAAGCAGCCCAGGGAAUUCAGUUUCAAUUUAUCUUUCUCUGUGGGGUAGGGAGUGGAUGUCUCAGUUUUUCUAUACAACGUCAUUCGCCGCCCGGAGAAGUAUCCUAGAUUUUCUUCUGUUCUGUCCUGUCCACUGUCUAGACCUCAUUCUCCACUCAGAGCCUUUCUAGACGCGGCAACUCGAGUGACUUUAGACACUCCCGGUACAAAUCCCAGCAUAGUUUCGUGCCAGGCCUAUUUUUGGAAACUAUUUGUUAUGGAAAGUUAGUUUUAAUGUCGUUGAGAUUUAAUUCCUGAUUUCCCCAAAUGCCUUCUUAUUUCUCUUUCCACAGCAGUACACCCAGUAUAAAAAUAGAGGGACUUUAUUUAGUUUUUCUCUGUGACAGAACGAUUCCUUUCGGAGUUGAGAUCAGGAGCGGGUUAUCUUAAUCCAUCAUUUUCCUCCUUCCCUCUCAUUUCCAAAUGUAUCUUUUUUUCCUAAGGUGUUGCCAGCCCCAGUCUUGCCAGAACUGCACUCUUUAUUCCAGACAGGCUGGCCGUCAUUGCCUCCGUGCCCACCUUAGUCCUCAGCUCUGUAUCAGAAAUGCUGUUCCUUUGGGAACCACAGCCAAAGAAGAGAUGGAGAGGUUCUGGAAUAAGAACGCUGGUUUAAACCGUCCUCUGUCUCCUCAUAUCACUAUCUACAGUUGGUCGCUUCCCAUGGCGAUGUCCAUUUGUCACCGCGGUACUGGUAUGGCCUUGAGUGCAGGGGUCUCUCUGUUUGGUUUGUCGGCCCUCUUGGUCCCUGGGAACUUUGAGUCUCAUCUGGAACUUGUCAAGUCCCUGUGUCUGGGGCCAUCGCUGAUCUACACAGCCAAGUUCGCUCUUGUCUUCCCUCUCAUGUAUCACACCUGGAAUGGGAUCCGACACUUGAUGUGGGACCUCGGGAAAGGUCUGAAGAUCCCCCAGCUGUACCAGUCUGGAGUGGCUGUCUUGGUUCUUACUGUGUUGUCCUCUGUAGGGCUGGCAGCCAUGUGAAGAGUGAAGUUCCCAGCAUUGUCUUCCCAUAAAUGAUUCACUGACCUGUCUUCCUGUUGGUGACUCUCUUCUCCAGCCGAGGCGCAGUUCUCCUGAUUUCCUCAGACCCUUUGUGCUCGCACAUCCCCUUGGAGCUCAGUAGCAGUAGAUACCUUAUAGAGCCAUGGCAGUGGGAAAGGGCCCAGUUUCCCCUCGUUUCUAAAGAUGGAAUGACUCAAAAAUUCCCUUUUCCUGCCCCCAGCCUACAGCCUACUCCGGGCCUGGGAGCCCUCAUUCUCUGUCCAUAUUGGGCCUUGAUUUGUGCUGACGGUCAGCUUUUGGCUCCUUCUUCCUGAGACAGUGGAAACAAUGCCAGCUCUGUGGCCUCUGCCACGGGGACCGGGAGUGGGGCUGUGGGCGCCACCGCCUGUGGGUUGCUAGCUUAAAGGACAGUUCUGUUCACUGGUCAGAGCCCAGGGUCUUCAGCGCCCACACAGCAUGACCGAAAGCACAGGGGUGGGGGUGGCGGGGAAUUAGCCUGUCCCAGCUAGAGGGAGAUAAAGAGAAUCAGUUGACUCUUGAAGCAGGUGCUCGGGGGGGGGGGGGGGGGGGGGGGGAGAGAUACACAGCUCUUGAUGCAAAAGGAAGACCCAGAAAGUUAUCGCUGAACCUAUGAAGGGUUAUUUUUUCCCCCUGCGUUUCUGGAAAAAUGAGCCUCUUUGCUAAUCCAAGUUCGUAGGGCAUCUUUUUCUGAAACUGAAUUAAAAAAAUCGUUUUGUCUUUGA